AUGCCGGAGCUUCCUUCAAAAGGUGCUACUAUUUCUAAAAAGGGCUUCAAGAAAGCUGCUACCAAAACUCAGAAGAAGGAGGGGAAAAAGCGCAAGAGAUGUCGCAAAGAGAGCUAUUCUAUUUACAUCUAUAAGGUGCUGAAGCAGGUUCAUCCAGACACUGGUAUUUCUUCCAAGGCCAUGAGCAUCAUGAAUUCUUUUGUCAGCGAUAUCUUUGAGCGCAUCGCCAGCGAGUCCUCUCGCCUGGCACAUUACAACAAGCACUCGACCAUCACUUCCCGGGAGAUCCAGACGGCGGUCCGCCUGCUGUUGCCUGGAGAGCUGGCCAAGCACGCUGUGUCUGAGGGUACCAAGGCUGUCACCAAGUACACCAGCUCCAAGUAA